UUUCAGUGCUACAGGGUUUCUGAUUGUAAAUGCAAGGGCACCGCACCCUGUGGAAAUAUACAGACGAAUUAAUGAAGAAUUUAUGAUAGAAAUAGAGGGGUGUAUGGUCCAGUGAUCGUCUGUUGCCUACCUUGGUUCUUUAUUAGGUUUUUUUUAGUUUUUUUAUAUCAAAAAAUCACCAUGAGUGAACUAGAACAACUAAGGCAGGAAGCAGAAAUGCUGAAAAAUCAAAUUAGGGAAGCAAGAAAAGCUGCGGCCGACACCACAUUAAGUAAUGCUGUACAAAAUUUAGAAGCUGUUGGUAGGAUACAAAUGCGCACUAGGCGGACAUUAAGGGGUCACCUUGCAAAAAUAUAUGCCAUGCAUUGGGGUACAGAUUCAAGAAAUUUAGUAUCUGCUUCACAAGAUGGUAAAUUAAUUGUAUGGGAUUCAUAUACAACUAAUAAGGUCCAUGCUAUACCACUGCGAUCAAGUUGGGUAAUGACAUGUGCCUAUGCCCCCUCCGGUAGUUAUGUAGCAUGUGGGGGUUUGGAUAACAUAUGUUCAAUCUACAGUUUGAAAACACGAGAAGGAAAUGUUAGAGUUAGUAGGGAAUUGCCCGGACAUACAGGCUAUUUAUCAUGCUGUAGAUUCCUUGAUGAUAACUCAAUAGUAACUAGUUCUGGUGAUAUGACAUGUGCAUUGUGGGACAUAGAAACAGGUCAACAAACCACAUCAUUCACAGGCCACACCGGUGAUGUCAUGAGCCUUUCAUUGGCACCAGACUCCAGAACAUUUGUGUCCGGAGCAUGCGAUGCUUCAGCUAAACUCUGGGAUAUCCGCGAUGGCAUGUGUAGGCAGACAUUCUCUGGACAUGAAUCUGAUAUUAAUGCAAUUACAUUUUUCCCCAGUGGCGCAGCGUUUGCAACAGGCUCAGAUGACGCUACAUGUCGGUUAUUUGACAUCCGAGCGGACCAAGAAAUCGGCAUGUAUUCCCAUGACAACAUAAUUUGUGGUAUUACGUCCGUGGCCUUCUCAAAGAGUGGCCGACUUCUCCUAGGUGGCUAUGAUGACUUCAACUGCAAUGUAUGGGACACACUCCGACAAGACAGAGCAGGUGUGUUAGCGGGCCACGACAACCGUGUUAGUUGUUUAGGAGUAAGUGAAGAUGGUAAUGCAGUCGCCACAGGCUCAUGGGACAGUUUCCUUAAAAUCUGGAAUUAAUCGCUCUAACAGACUGCUUAAAUAUUGAUUCUCUAGAAACUGUUAGGCUAAUAUAUUCCACGGGUGAAGUGCAAAAGUAACAAAUGAUGAAGUAUUUAUAAACUGAAGGACAGACGGCAUAGAGGUGCAGCUUUGUUACUGGAAGAUUUGCACCUCCCGUGGCUAGUGUCCGUGAAGGAACAGGACGUGACAAUGUUUCACUCCGUACCAUCACUCAAUGGAGCAACUAAAGACUGAGGCUUCACUCACACAUGUGCUCUUCAUUUCAUUCAGAUUUCGCAACCAAAGUAGAUGGAAUAUUACUAUCAGUACGACACUAGUCAGUAGACAUCUUCUAACGUUUCUAUAUUAUAUAUAUUCUACAGCAGCUGUAGGCUGGGGAGGGAUCACACUUUUUAUUUGGGGUGGGCUUCAAAGUCUAGCACACACGGUGCGAUCAUCACUGGGUAGGUGUUAUUGUAUUAUUGAGUUGUUGUACUCUACGUGGUAUAUGAAUGGCCUACUGGAUGGAUAGCAACUUCGCUCUGCUAGAGCACUUCGUAGUGCUUCAUCUGGCAUACUACUGGGCCAGGAGCAUAUUUUAAUGUGCAGAAUUUUAACUUAUCGUGCAGGAUAAACAUUUGGAGAAAAUCUUCAAAAUUGUGAAAUAAUGUGAGAAAAUUAAUAAACAGUGGCAUAAUGAAUCAUGUAGAUUAGCUAUAUAUCCGAGCAGGCAUCUCUUCAGUGUUUCCCUAGGGCACGGUUUUAUAUUCUAGUGGUAGACACAGUUUACAGCCAUUGUUCAACAUUUUAUUUAUUUCAGAAAAACGCCUAUAUAUGUAAUUUGAUAUAUUGAUAUUUCAUACUUGUACACUUAUUUUUACUAGUAUUCUGUGUAUAGUAGUGCUAUGUGGAUGGUUUGUGUAUAGCGUGGCCUGCACGGUAUGUAGGACCAGGAGUAGGGGUGGAUGAUAUUCAGGCCAUGUGAUCACACAUUGGCCCCCUGGUCUUCUUACUUUGCCUGCCACUGCAAACAAUCACAUAAGAAUAUAUUUUCAUUGUGAAAAUAAUAUGGAAAGUGUUCUUGUAUUGAUAUACACAGUAUGUUCUGAAGUCUUGGUAAUGGUCUGCAGUACAGUCUUGUGAAGCGUUAGUUUCAACAGACUAGGCUGCAGACUAUCCAUGACAUUCAUAAUUCUACAAAUAUGGGCUAUUGUAUAAACAGUAGCUAGAUUUCAUAAAACUGUUAUUUAUCCUGUAGAUUACAGACUUUGUUCUGUGGUGGGAGAUGGCCUGUAUAGUGGGGUGUGUAGUGUUGUGGGGGGGAUAAAGGUUGUACAGGGUGGGUGGGAGUGAUCGGGGGUCCCCCACACCCCCGGUUCACUCCGUGUUACCCAGCUCAAAGCAAAGCUCUGACUCCUACCAACACUACACAUCACCCACAGGCAAAAUGUCCCGCAAUUGUGUAUUAUAGUGGAGCAUUUCGUGUGAAUAUCAUGUUUGUAGUUAUUAUAACAUUUGUACAGUUCAGUGGCUACACACAUGCUUCAAGCCAGUUCAGCUGUAGCUGCUAUAUCCAAUGAAAUUGUAUCUAUACAGACAGUUUGCAUGUCGUUGUUGUAGUGAGUAGGCGAUAGCUGACACCACAAAAUAUUCUUGAUUUUGGUCAUUCCGAGCUAAUUUCAAUAGCCAAUAAUUUUAUUAAAUAGGCCUAUUUCAUGUGUGUGAAGUAACUACAUGUAAUUUAAUGUGUCAAUAAAGGUAUUUGUCUUCAGUGACAAA